AUGUCCUGGAUCGACGUACCCUUCGAGAGGGCGUCUCCGCUCAUCGGCGCCCCCCCGGACCAUCUCAAGCUCAUCUUCAUCCUCGUCUCCUCCUACCCCCUCGCCCACAUCUUCACCCGUCUGCCCCCGACCGCACCUCACUUGAAACACCUGUUCAGCAUCGUCCUCACCUCGUUCUACCUCGUAGGUAUGUUCAGAAUGAAGUGGGGGUACAUCCAACUGGUUGCCGAUGCGGUCGCCGUGUGGGGGAUCGUCGUGGGCAAGGUCGGGGUCAGGCGGGACGGAAGGGGGGAAGGAUGGAUGCCUUGGUUGGUCUUUGUUCUGAUUAUGGGCCACCUGACUGUCAACCACGCCUAUCGAGCGUUCACCAACAUCCCAGACUCGGUGAUGGAGAUCACUGCGAUGCAAAUGGUGACCACCAUGAAACUCAUCACUUUCGCGUGGAACGUCGAGGACGGCCGCAACUACGUCGAGCCCGGCAGCAAUGAAGACAAAUCCGGAUCGGCCCCUGCUACCAUGUCUCAGGUCGACCCCGCUCUCGCUGCUACGCGUCUCCCGCCCUCGAGGAUCCCCACCCUGCUCCCCUUCUUGGGGUACGUUCUUUUCUUCCCCUCCCUCAUCGGACCGGCCAGCGAUUACGCCAGUUAUGAAGCCUUGAUCGAUGGGUCCAUCUUUACCUCUCCCCCGGGGACGAACGAGGCCAGUCGGAAAGCCUCGAGCCCCCGUUCCGCCCGUCCUCUCAUCCCCAAGGGAAGGAAAUCUAGCGCCUACCGCAAGCUCGUCACCGGAUUGAUCAUGCUCGGCAUCUACGCCGUAUUCGGGGGACAAUGGAGUUACGGCCGGAUCAUCGACCCGGAACUGGCUAAAGUCGGAUGGUGGGCCUCGAAAGGGAUCCUGAGAAAGUGGAUGUAUGUGAUGAUUGCUGGAUUCAUCGCGAGGACCAAGUAUUAUGCUCUGUGGAGCAUUAGCGAGGGCGCAUGUAUUCUGACCGGCAUCGGUUUCAAUGGGUACUCGACCGGUUCUCCCGUCUCGGAUGCGCCCAAGGCUCUGUGGGACAGGGUGGAGAACAUCGACAUCUGGAAGAUCGAGACGGCUCAGAGCUUCAAGGUCUUGUUUGACAGCUGGAAUUGUCGGGCCAACGUCUGGUUGAGAGAUACGAUGUACAAGCGACUGGUCAAGCCGGGUCAGAAGCCGGGAUUCGCGCCUACCGUCAUGACAUUCGUGACAAGCGCCUUUUGGCACGGGAUCGGAACGGGGUACUAUCUGGCGUUCAUUACUGCCGGCAUAUGCACCUCGCUCGGUCGUCAGAUGCGUCACCUCGUCCGUCCCUUCUUCCUCCCCGAGAACAUCGCCUCGCACUCGACCGUCCCGAAACAAAUCUACGACGUCCUGUCCUGGCUGACCGUGAUGAGCCUGAUCAAUUACGUGGUGGCGGCCUUCCUGCUGCUGUCGUGGCACGACUGUCUACUCGCCUGGACUCGCAUGGGAUGGGCUGGACAUGCGGUCAUCGGGAUUGCCUGGAUCGGCUUGAAGUAUGGAGGGGCGAGAUGGUUGAAGCGG